AUGCCUGGUCUUGAGGAUCAAAAGAGUCCCAGCAUGGAGGCUACUGCACAAGACGAGAUGCAGAAGAUGCAAUCGACCGCCCAAGGAACCGUCAGUGAUAUCCAACUGGAUCCAGCACUCGAGAAGCAGACCCUGAGGAGAUUCGACCUUUUCCUCCUGCCCCAGAUUGCCAUUUUGAUCAUUAUCGGAUAUCUCGAUCGGACAAAUGUCGGCAAUGCUGUGAUCUUCGGGUUCGCAAAGGACAUCAACCUGAAGGGCAAAGAGUUCAACAAUCUCGUCACGCUCUUUUACGUCACAUACAUAGUCUUCGACAUCCCCUGGGUCGUCUGCAUCAAACGGUACGGCGCAAACAGAGUCCUAGGCGUCGCGCUGCUAGGAUGGAGCGCAGCGACUCUGGGGACUGGGUUUGUCCACAACUACCAUCAAGCUCUGGCAUGCCGGUUAUUGCUGGGCUUCUUUGAAGCAGGGCUAUUGCCCUGUAUGGUCUUCAUCAUCUCUACCAUUUGGAACAAGAAGCAGCAGGGAAAACGCAUCGCCGUUAUAUACUGCGCGACUACCAUCUCCGGUGCGUUUGGUGGAUUGUUUGCGUAUGGCGUUCAGCAGAUGGGCCACAAGCAUGGCUUGGAAGCCUGGAGAUGGCUGUUCAUCAUCGAAGGCAUCAUAUCGUUUGUGGUCGGGGGCUUGUGCUGGGUUACCAUGCCGUACAGCGCUGAGAAGGCCUGGUUCUUGAACAAGGAGCAGGCUGGGUUGAUGCUGUUGAAGAAGCAACGGGACCUGCUGUACAAAGGAGAGGAUGAGUUCAAGCCAAAAUACGCUUGGGCUGCAGCGACAGACCCACUGGUCUAUCUUGUUGCAUUUUCCUUGUUCUCCUCCUCACUACCGCUGCUGGGCUUCGGGACAUUUUUGCCUACGAUCAUCCGUGGUCUUGGAUACACCUCGAUCCAAGCCAACUACCUCACCAUUCCGGUGUACGCGCUCGCAACAGGGACCGUUGCCCUGAUGGCAUGGUUGUCCGACCGACUCCACAAACGGGCCUUCUGCCUCUUGAUAGUACCAAUUCCCGUACUGAUCGGCUAUUCCAUCGCCAUCGGCAGCUCCAACAUCGGAGCUGGCUAUUUCGCCAUGUUCCUCUGCGGCGCUGGCAUCUAUCCCUACAAUUGCCUCAUGCUCACCUGGAUCUCCAGCAACCUGGCGCCAGACUACAAGCGCAGUGUGGGCAUACCGCUUGCGGCUACUAUUGCGAAUGUCUCUGGCAUCCUCUCUGGACAAAUAUACCCCGCCACAGAUGCACCACGCUAUGUCAGUGGUAACGCUGUAAGCUUGGGGUUAGAGUUUGUGGCCUUCUGUGGGAUCAUUGCGAUAUAUUGCUUGUUGAAAUGGCGGAACAAUAAGAAAGAGAUGAUCCUGGCUAGUGGUGUCGAGAGCAAUGGGAAAGAGGGAGACGCUAGUCUUGAGUUUAAACAUAUCUUGUAG